AAUUUAAUGUCAAAUAUGCUAAAGAAAAAGUAAACAAACGGCAUCGGCGGCGCGAUACACAGUUAAGAAGAGUUACAUAUAAAUAAUAAAAUUAAAUUAAUUUCAAAGAAAGAAAAAAAUAAGUACUUGAACAGUUAAAGCAUGAAUAGUUUAAAUAUACCAACUGAUUUUGGCCCGGAUUCUGGUGGACGCGUUAAAGGACUGACAAUUGUCAAACCAAUUGUUUACGGCAACAUAGCGCGCUCCUUUGGCAAGAAGCGUGAGGAUGAUGGCCAUACACAUCAGUGGAAAGUGUAUGUUAAGCCGUAUUACAAUGAAGACAUGAGUGUUUAUGUAAAAAAAGUGCAUUUUAAAUUACAUGAAAGUUAUUCAAAUCCCAAUCGCAUUGUCACAAAAUAUCCUUACGAAAUCACAGAAACCGGUUGGGGAGAAUUUGAGGUUGUAAUCAAAAUAUAUUUUCAUGAUCCGACCGAGCGUCCAGUUACUUGUUAUCAUAUACUCAAACUUUUUCAAUCACCAUCGACCGGAAAUGAUUUUCCAACAACCAUUUUGGAUCCGAAAAAAGGUUUAGUAUCAGAAUGCUAUGAAGAGAUUGUAUUUCAAGAGCCAACCCAAUUAAUGCAGCAUUUACUUAUGAAUGUACAACCAAUAACCAGUGGCCAAUAUGUGCAUGACACAGAUUUUGAAAAGAAGAAAGAGCAGACAUAUGAAAACACAAUGAAAGUUAAAAUUAAGGUUAAAAACGAAAUAAGCAGUCUAAAGGAUAAAUUGAAACUGGCACGUGAAACUAUAGCUAAAUUUAAGUCUGAGCUAGCAAAAGUACAGAAACCAAGUACUACAUAAAGCAAGAAUUUCAAUAAAUAAUUUUAUUCAAUUUUAAAACUUAUUAUAUAUAAAUAUUAUAAAACAUUUUUGUGUAAAUAUAAUUUGUCUUUAAAA